GCAUUAUCCGCAGUUAAUCUGUGAGUUCGGGCCAUUGGUUGCGCUAUGGACCAUGCGUUUUGAAGCAAAGCACAGCUAUUUCAAAAGAGUUGUGCGGCAUUCCACCUGCUUCAGAAAUGUGCUACUGUCAUUAGCUGAACGACAUCAGUUUCUCAUGGCACAUCACCUUUACCUGUCCAGCUUGCCUGAAUCCCCCCUGGAGGUAGCAAGUGUUUCAACUCUUCCCAUUGACCUUUUGAAAGAGGACAUUGCAUUUGAUAUUAAGCAGAGGCACCCAGACUUAGAUGCUGUGUGCUUGGUCAAAAAUGCAUCUUACAGUCGCAUAAAUUACAGGAUUGGGAUGAUCCUGGCACAUGGCUCUUUGGCAGGGCUGCCGGAAUUCACGGAAACAAUCCAGAUGAUUGUUAUCAAGAAUAAGCUGCUUUUCAUCGUCAGAAAGCUGAGUGCAUGGUAUAGGGAACAUUACAGAGCCUAUGAACUGAAACCGUGUCCUACAAAGAAGGUGGAACUUCUUGACUCAAAUGAACUGACUGAUCCAUACCCAUUGGCUGACUAUACAGUUGGGGGAAUGCGGCUGAUAACUCUUAAAAGAUACAUUCAUGUAUAAGAGCGCCAUGGCUGAUAUUGAACCACCUGUUCGAUUGCUGAUCAUCUUAAACGACGACAACAGCGUAAGACUGGAGCUUCGAAAUGGGAUUCCCAACUCAAUAGAAGAGCUCAUUGAGGAGGUCAAGAAUUCAUGUGGAUUAGAAGGUUACAUAAGGCUACAGUACAAAGACACUGAUUUUGGGAACACAUUUGUUAAUCUUACAUCGACACAUGCGAUAAAAGAUUUAACAGUGAUCAAAGUUGUCGAAUUAGACCCCGAUUCUACAACUGUGGUCUUGUACCCAGUUGAGAUACCAUUAAAUAGUACCCCUACAAGUGGACUGUACAGUGAAGACUCCUCCUCUGGAUCUGUGAAUACAGAUGACACAGUACUACUUAGCAGCUCUUCCUCGGAAUCAUUAAGAACACAGCAGUGGCCUAAAGUGUUUCCAAUCCCGGUCUUCUCCUAUGACACAGAAUGUCAAUUACAGAGAGGAAAUGCAGAGUACACAAAGAACCAAUCUAGACUGACACUAAGCUCAAAAAUGCUUUCAGACAUACUCGAGAAACUGGCUGAUAAAGUCUACACAUACAAAGCAUACCCUACAGAUGCUGACUUUAGCGAUGUUGCUGAGGCAUUGACAAGCAAGCAUACCUGCCUAAAGGAACCAGGGUCUUUCAAUGAGAGCUAUGGAUGGAAACAAAGGAUGAAGGUAAAAAUGGCCAACUACCGGACUCUACUCAGAGCACAUGGAACAUCUGCAGAGCUCGCUGUGAACUCGUUGAAGACCAAGUCUCAAGAAGAGUCCUACCCUGCGAAGAAUUGA